GUCUACAGCCUCCACAAUUUGCAGACCUGACCCAGCAGUCAGGACCAUUGCCGGGGGAACCUGUGAGGCAAGAAGUAUCCAUGGGCAGGCAGUAGGCCUGGCAGCGACUCAGCGAAGAGCCUUCACCUUUGCCACAACGAGCGUGCCACACAUGGACAAGACAUGACCAGACACAGCAACGAUGAAAUAAGACUGUAAGGGUCCACACAUCCACAGGAGACUGCACACCAGCAUCAUGGGCUCCAGAAUUAAAGAGAACCCAGAAAGGAUAUUUGAAGGAUACUUUGAGGUUUUGUGCCCUACAUCUUUGGACAAAGAUCCAGUGCUAAAAAGACAAUUCCCUGAGCAUUUUGAUGACCAGGACUCUGUAACAACGCUCACAAAGUUCUGCUUUCCCUUCCAUGUAGAAAGAUGGCAGAACUCGUCAGUCCAGCACUUCAGCUUUACUCUGACCGAUCUCCAGGGCUUCCAGAGAUUUGGGUUUUGUCGCCUUUCUGUACAGGCCAAAAUUUGCACUUGUAUCCUGAGCUGUCUGCCCUGGUUUGAAUUUUUCUACAAGCUCCUCAACAAUAUUGCAGAGUAUCUAGUGAAGGACCAGGUCACUGAGGUAACUGACGUCCUACAGUCUCUCUACGACCACCCGGUGCCGGAGGUGAACCAGGCUCUGGACCUGGAGAUGUUUUCUUAUUUCACUGCUCCGAAUCCUGCAAAACUUCCAUCAAUUCCUGAAAAUAGAAAUCUCACAGAGUUCCUUGUGGCUGUCCAAGUGGAUACCAUGCUGCAGUUAUACGCCAGCCUGUUGUGUGAGAGGAGGAUCCUCAUUACCUCCAGCAAACUCAGCACCCUGACAGCCUGUGUCCACGCCUCUGCCGCCCUCCUGUACCCCAUGUACUGGCAGCAUAUCUACAUCCCCACACUACCACCCCAUCUGCUGGAUUACUGCAGCGCUCCCAUGCCUUAUCUGAUCGGGGUUCACAGCAGUCUGAUGGAGCAAGUCACCACCGGAGCUCUGGAAGGCGUUGUAGUAUUCAAUAUGGACACAAACAACCUGGAGACUCCAUUUGAAGACCUGGAUAAUCUGCCCCCACAUGUGGUCUCCCUACUGAGGCUGCGUCUGACAAAGCAGUCAGCAUUCAUGGGUGACAGGGUGUCUUAUGCCUUCCUUGGUGCCCAGGCUCUGCUGUUCGGAAGCUACAGGGAUGCCCUCAUCUGCAGUCCGGGGGAGCCGCUGUCUUUCUGCCAGGAGACCUUCCUGAAGCACAAGUCCAGCUCGAUGAGGAACUUCCUGCAGAACGCAGUGCACCUCCAGCUCUUCACGCAGUUCAUAGACAGCCGGUUGGAGAAGCUGAAUUCCGGUGAGGAAUUCACAGAUGUCUUUGAGCAGGAAGUUACCACACGUGGUCUAUCAGGAGGCUCCAAAUCUUAUCAGAUGUGGCUGGAAAACCUCAAGAAAGGAGGUGGAACCCUUAUCAAUAACAUGAAAAACCGGACACACCCCACAGUCAAGAACAUGCUGAGAUAUGCUAAAGGACAAGCCAAAACAGGUCUGCAAGGAAUGAAGAGACGUAUAAAACCCAAGGAACAGCAUCCGCUUCAGCGUUUGGGUUCAUUCAAAGCUGACCGAAGUCCUACCCAGAACCACGAGAGGCUGCAGAACCGGAUGCCCAUCACAGAGCACUUUGGACAGCCUCGUCCCAAGAGACCGGGAAAGCCGUAUGUGGAAGAGAACACCUGGGAAUGCCAGAGAGAUGUUGAAGGAACAUGUGAGGAGAAGGAUCCUGAGUCUACUGAACAAAUGGAGUUCCCCCUCCUAGACGAUGGUAUGGAUCUACUAAAUGAAAUCUUUGAAACCCUAAACACAAGAACACCUGGAGAGAAAUGUGCAUUAUACGGGGCACACAGUCUGGACUGCUUCCACCUAGAGGACAGUCAAUACUUCAACCAGUUCCACUCCAUUAACUCCCCCAGUGAUGAGAAUCUCAGCCUCAGUUUGAGCCAGCCUAGAAAUUCCGACCUCUGGUACCUGCAAGAAGAGGAUGAAGGUUCUUUGGACUGCCUGGAAUCCCUGGAAUCCCUCUCCACAGUAGCUGAGGACAUUUCAAACACCUCAGAUACCACUGAAGUCAAAUCACUAGAGAACAAGUCAUCCAUUCAAGAAGACUCUUUUCAGGCAGUAGAAGACACUGAAUUAACCUCAGAAGUAACAUUCCAGACUCCUGAGGUAUCCAUCCCUGAGAUCAUCACGGCAACAUCUCCAGAGGUUAUAUCAAUAGCCCUUAAGCGGACUCUGCAGGAACCCAAGGUCACAACUGAGCAGAAUGCAACUACUCCAACCCCAGAGCCUGAAAUUCUUCCCCCAUUGAAAGAAGCUGAAAAGCAGAAGAAUCUUUUGUCAGCAGUGCCAACAUUGACCAAUAAGGAUACUGGGGACACCUCCCACACUGUGUCUGGACCCUUUGUACGUGCAGCUCUCUCUCAUUUUCAGGCAGGCCCAUUGGACCCUAGAUUGGUAUGGACUGGGACUAAGAGAGAUUCCACAGAGUCCCCGAGAGCUGGAUAUAGUUUGCGCUCUUUUAACACCCAAAGACCCAUCUCUCAGACUUACUGCACCCCAAAACCAAACACUCAAACACAUAGUAUCCGCCCACCUUUCCUUAGGACCCAGAGCACACCAAAAUUAGAAACACAAAGCAGCCCCACAUCUGCCAUACCUAAACUCUCCACCCAAUUGCAUGACACAACAUCUGCAACACCCAACAGAACCAAUGCUGACCAGGGCAAUCUCCUUCCUCCACAACCAGCUGACUGGAGCUUACCCACAAAGGUUUCAGAGCUGAAGAAGAAGUUCGAAGCAUAAGCAGCCUUGGUAUUCAAGUCUAGGUAUCUGCUAAUAUAGCUUACAUACUAUAACAAAGGCUUAGGCUGGGUACAAAUGUGCCGAUAUACAAUUCGUACGGGCAAUGAACAAUAUAUCGGCUGGACCAUCGUCUCGUGUGUACAGCUAUAUCUGAAUGGCCUAGUUCACAGACAUCAGCAUGGCCGAUGCAAACAUGAAGAUAUAUUGGUACAUCUGUGUGCACAGGUGACCCACCAACCGGAUGAUGUAUUGGCUGCAGAAUCCACUGAAUGUGAUGUCACAAGUGGGCGGGCUUAUUCAAAUGGGUCUGCUGGCCAGACAUCGGGCAGUGGAUUGGUAAGUGUGUAUGCACCAGAACGUUUGUGCACAAACCUUACCAAUCAUUAGACAGGUCAGCCGAUCCUGUUGGACUAGUGGUCACCCAGCCUUAGAAACCAGCAACAACCAAGCAAUUUUGAACUAUUAUGUCACCCCUUAGGUGAUAUACUAUUAUUAUUAUUAAGAAUUAAAAAAAGGCAAUUAAAAUAUAGAAAGCUAAAA